CGCACUCGGUCUCCAACUAACCAACCCACACGAUCGAUGGAGGCAGGCAAGGAAGCCCCGGCAACGGCGAAGCUGAAGAUCGCGGGGACAUGGACUGGUGUUCUAGAGGUGCAAUUGGAGUCUUGGACGCUGCCGAUGCUCCGGGAGGAUGUUGCACGGCGAUCGGGUGGCUCUCCCGACUGCAUCAACCUGAUCUGCAGCGGUAAAAUCCUCAAGGACGACGGCAGUUCUCAGUCACUGCAGCAGCUCGGCCUGCGGAACAACUCCAAGGUACUCGCCAGCGCUACUUCGCCCGACAGUGUUAAAGCUCUCAAGGACGAGGAGGCUGCACAGGCCGAUCGCUCCAGCAAGCUAUCUAGAAUUAGGGCUGCUGCACAUGCAUUGGCUCAGAGGCAUGCAGAUGGUUCAUUUCCAGUGGAAGAUUUUAAUCUUCAACUUGAGAAUCAAAGUGGCCAGAAAGUGAAUUUUGGAUCCGAAAAUGAUCAACGGGCAGUGAUGAUGGGCUUAAUGCUCCACGAAAAGGCAAAAAGCCUAAUAAAAAAGCAGAAAUUUAAAGACGCACUUGAUGUUCUCUCAAUAGCUGAGGAAGCUUUUUCAUUAUGUGAUCCCAAAAUUAUUGAGAUGAUUGACAAUGUACCAAUACUUCAACUAGACACGGUCUGGUGUUACUUCUUAUUAAGGGACAUCUCAUGCUUAUCAAUGGCUGGAACACGUCUUGCUAAGUCUAGAGAAGGGUUUCAACGUUCCCAUGGCAGGGAUAAUAGUCGGUUUAGACUUCUCCAAGCAGGUCGCCCUGCAGAGCUUGCACUAUACGUGAGGCUUGAACUUCUGGAAGGUGUGGUGGCUUUCUAUAGUGGCAACCAUGUAGAAGCCUACAAAUCCCUGAGCGCAGCAAAGUCUAAAUUUGAUCAGCUUCAAGUGUUAGAUGAGGCUUUAUCAUUGCUCAUGAGCAUGGGUUACAAACAAAGAGAAGCGAAGAGGGCUUUAAGAAUGAGUGGUCAAGAUAUCCAGCGUGCUGUGGAUUUUCUAGUUGAGGAGCGUGCAAAAAAAGCCUGCAGACAUCAGGAAGACAUUCAGCGAAAAAAUGAGAUAAUAGAACAGAAGAGGUAUGGCAUGACAGCCAAUAACAAGCCUGUCAGCAUACAAAGAUUGAAUGAAUUGGCCUCCAUGGGGUUUGAGAGGUAUCUGGCUGCUGAAGCUCUUCGCGUGAACAACAAUGACUCGGAGAAAGCAUUAGAUCUCUUGACAAAUCCUGAUAAGAAUUAUGAUCUUCAGCAAAAAAUUGAUUCAAGGAAGCGGACUAGGCAGCAGAGACAAGCAUCAGCAGCACGUGCUCCCACACAAAUAGCACAUUCAGGUGAUAUUGCUGCAACAGCAAGUACUACACUGGAAUUGGAAAGUGGCAGCCAUGAAUUUGAUAGCGAAGACAUGGCAGCAUCUUCCAAGGAAGUUAGGGAUGAGGAGAUGGAAGAUGAGCUUGCCAAGGAAUUGACCGGAGAUGCUUAUGCAGACUAUGACCUUGAAGUUUCCAAGGAAGGAGAAGCCAUUGCUGAGUACUUGGCCUUGCUGGAAUCUUCCACAAGCAUGAAGACUGGUUCCUCGUAGCUCUAUACUGAUCUCAAAGCAAGAGACCAAAGAUGCAUAUGAUUUCGGUAUGUAAUACUUUUAAAGCUUUUUUUGCCAUUCCUUUGUGGUUCUUGGUGAACGGGCUAUGUAUAAAUAGGCUUUCUCCAUAUAUUAUUGUAUAUAUGAUGAUUGAUCAGCUGAUUUUCUUUUUUGUUGGGAUUACUAUUUAGUAAGGAUUAUUAAAAACUUUAAUACAAGUUAAAUGCUAUGUUUUGAAA